AGAUUUUUUCCUGUUUUCCUUGUUACAGGUGAAGCUUUUGAUACGACCCAACCAGUAAACUAUGCGGUCUCUAAUAUUAUCUGCUCCAUUGUUUAUGGCAGCAGAUUUGAAUAUGAUGAUCCAGAGUUUACAUCCCUGGUAGAUCGAACAAACAGAAACGUUCAACUUGUGGGCUCCCCGUCUGUACAGCUGUAUAACAUGUUUCCAUGGAUCGGUGAAUGGUUUAGUGAGAAAAAGGAAAUGGAGAAGAUAUUUGCUGCCAACAAGAAACAGAACUUAAAGCUGUUCAGUCGUUUGAAAGAGACCCUCAAUCCAGAGAUGUGCAGAGGUUUUGUGGACGCCUUUCUGGUCCGAGAGCAAAAUCUGGAGAGAUUUGGGAUUACCAACAGUUACUUCCACGAAUGCAACCUUAUGAACACGGUUCUUCAUCUUUUCGGGGCUGGCACUGACACAAAAGCAACUAUUUUGAGAUGGGGACUUCUGUUUAUGGCCAAGAAUCCAAAAAUACAAGACCAGGUCCAGGAGGAGCUGAGCAGGAACAUAGGAAGUCGUCAGGUGCAGGUUGAGGACCGGAAGAACAUGCCCUUUACCGACGCUGUCAUCCAUGAGACACAGAGACUGGCCAGCAUCCUCCCGAUAGCAGUACCUCACAAAACGAGCCAAGACAUCACCUUCCAGGGUCACUUCAUUAAGAAGGGGACAACGGUAUAUCCUCUCUUAACAUCUGUCCUGCAUGAUGAGAGUGAGUGGGAGAGGCCACACAGCUUUUAUCCUGCUCACUUCCUGGACAAAGACGGGAAGUUUGUCAAGCGGGACGCCUUCAUGCCUUUUUCUGCAGGUCGCAGGAUUUGUGUCGGAGAGAGUCUUGCCAGGAUGGAGCUCUUCAUCUUCUUCACCACCCUCCUGCAGCACUUCCGUUUCACUCCUCCUCCUGGAGUUUCAGAGGAUGAACUGGAUCUGACUCCACGUGUGGGCUUCACCCUCAGCCCUUCACCCCAUAAACUGUGUGCCGUUUCCUGUAUGUGAGCAGUAGGGCUUGAAAAUGCAGCUUGGCUCGCUUUUUAGAUUUUAACUAGGGCUGCACGAUAUUGGAAAAAACUGACUUAGCAAUUUAUUGUUUUCUUGUGAUAUCUCUAU